CAAACUUGACUCCCACGUGCAAACGCACCUGUACAGCAUUUGGAGUUAAUUAACCAGAUUUAACGGCGCAGGUGUGAGACGGUUUCUAGUUCCCAUUCGACAUCUUUGGUCUCGUGUGGUGAUAGUGGGGUAUCGAUCGCUACCAUGAUUUCCGCUCUGAUGGUUUGGGUUUGUAUUUGUCAAGCACUAGCCCAGCUCAACAACGCAGGAAGCCACCGAGACGCACACGGAAAGUUGGCCGGCCAGGACGAGUUUUUUGACGGCAACGAGCAGCAGUUUGAGGCGGGUCCAGAAGACCGAAGUGCCCCAGCGCCGGUUUGGCGUUUCCUCCAAGGCAGAGGAAAAAGUCCAGGAAUAUCAGAGUUCGACCAGCCACAGUUCCGCUGCAGUAAUGGAACACUUACCCUGCGCUUUUCACCCACCCGAUACACCAAUCUGCAUCUGGAAGAUGGGACACCCUUGUUGUCGCUGCCUGACAAGUGUUAUGGUUCCAUUCAUAUUUAUAGGUGGUAUCUGCUGGUAAAGCUUCCCUAUACUGGCUGCUACACGGCAACACAGACUGAAGAGGGCAAAUACCCAUUGAAACUGCAUUAUUUUGACAAUUGGCUGCAGAGGAACAUGAUAGGCAUGGCUGUCUGUGAGAAUCCAGCAAUGUCCCCACUGGUGACUUGUGGAACAACGAGUAUCACUGUGAAGCUUCCUCGUGAAACAAAACUAAAGAAGGUUAAAGAGCUUGAUUAUUUCGUUUAUGAAGCAUACUCGGUGAGGCAAUGGAAGACCCCCAAUGCUUUGUUUGUCAAAAUAUCAAAGUUACCAGACCAGGAUUCUGGAUUUGAACUGAUUUAUUUUGAUUCUACUGGGAAACUCUGCACAAAGCUGGCAAUUUGUUACCAAAAGUUGAGGCAUCGUGUCAAUAGAGCGCUAGAGGAACCAGACUUUGAAGAUACUCCAGUUGAACCAUUUGAUCCGGCACACUUGAUGCACGACACUGACUUGAUGCACGACACGCAAUGGAUAAAAUCGAUGGAAACGGCAACUAAAGCACCUAACUCAGAAACGGUUGCGGAAGAUAGUACAGAAUUGUUUGAGUUGUGGGGAAUUGAAGACAUUCCUGACGAGCCAUACGAUGGAUUCGAUGUGGAGAUUACUACCCCGACCGCCCCCACAAUCACAACCACCAACUCAACCAAGACCACAAUUGCCUCCACCACUAGUUGUCCAUAGUGUGCGGCACACUAUGAAUGUUUUAUUGUUGAAUGAAUAAAAUAUUGAAU